CGUCACGUGAGAAACAUUUGCGUUAAGUACUACUUUAAGAUUAUAACAAUAUCGUUACUGAAGUUUUUAGAAUAAUUUGAGAUUCGAUUAAAUCGCUUAUUAUAACGUUAAAUUGUUUGAGCAAAGUAACUAGCUUGAAUGUGUACGAUCGACGGAAAUGAAUGAAAGUGAUAGAAAUAAUCUGUAAAUUCGAAUAUUAACAGUAACGUGAUACUUGGAAAAGAAUAGCUUGAUAUGACUUACAUACCUUCAAAUUUGCAAUAGAAAUUAUGUUAACGGAGAAGAAUCAAGUAACAUCAACAGCCAAUCCAUGCAUUGCACGUGCCGGUAAAUACCGCACUGGUGAAGAGAAACAACUCUACGAGUUUACACGUAUAUAUAAAUACAGUAUUGCCCCCAUAACUUCAUGAAACUCUCGGCAGGUUUGGACUGGUUUAGAGCGAGACGUUCGAAAGUAGCGGAAGCUGUUUUUCUUUUCCUUUCAUUGGUCGACACUCGUCGCGAUUCCUUUUUCUUGAAAACUUGCCGGAUUGCGCCGCUGAACAGAGGGAAUAGAAAUAGGACCUUAAUAGAGUUGCAAGAAAGUCGAAUCGUAAAGAUAAUAUUAUUCCAAAUAAACUUACGAUCACGCGUAUCAUAUGAAAUUCGCAAUCGUAUCCACGAUUUACUAGUCGAAUAAUUAGAUUACUAUCGAAUAAUCAUCCAAUUUAUGCGCCUAACAUACACAUGAUUUCAACAUACAUUUCAAGUAACGUACUUGGCGUGUACAUAGGUACUCAUGUUUCGCUCAUCACAAAUCUCAAUUACUUAACGAUUCUAAUAGCAAUCUAAACAAAGAAUUUAUUACUUAUUAAUUGUACUCUAUAUAAAAAAGCAGUACUGCAUCAUGACUAUAGUAGAUUAUGUACAAACAUUAUCUGACAAUCCUUAUUUUGGAGCUGGUUUUGGCCUCUUUGGGUUAGGAGCUGGAGCAGCUCUGUUGCGAAAAGGGGCACAAGCAGGAAUGUUGUUGUUUAGGAGACAUUACAUGAUCACUUUGGAAGUUCCAUGCCGUGACAAAAGUUAUCAAUGGCUUUUACAAUGGAUCACGUAUAAGGGUGCAAAGAGAACGCAACAUCUAUCGGUCGAGACAAGUUUCGAGCAAAGAGAAACAGGUCACAUAAAAACUAGAUAUGAUUUCAUACCAAGUAUUGGAACUCAUUUCAUUAGGUACCAAGGGAAUUGGAUAAGAGUGGAUCGCACGAGGGAACAGCAAACAUUAGAUAUACAAAUGGGCAUACCGUGGGAAACGGUUCAACUGACAGCAUUUGGAAGGAAUAGAAAUAUAUAUUUCAGUAUUUUAGAAGAGGCCAGACAAAUGGCUUUGAAGGAACACGAAGGCAAAACAAUAAUGUAUACUGCCAUGGGAAACGAAUGGAGGCAAUUUGGACAUCCUAGAAAAAGGAGACCAAUAGAUUCGGUUAUUUUAGAUAACGGUGUCGCCGAUAGAUUACUGAAUGAUUGUCGUGAAUUUAUAAACACCCCUGCAUGGUACAGCGAUCGCGGUAUUCCAUACCGUCGAGGAUAUUUACUAUACGGUCCUCCUGGCUGCGGUAAAUCGUCAUUCAUUACCGCUUUGGCUGGAGAAUUAGAACGGGGUAUUUGUGUGUUAAACUUGUCGGAACGAGGCUUAACGGAUGAUAGAUUAAAUCAUUUAUUAGCUAUGGCUCCACAGCAGACCAUUAUACUUUUGGAAGAUAUCGAUGCCGCUUUUACCAGUAGAGAAGAGACUAAAGAGGUGAAAUCUGCGUACGAAGGCUUAAACAGAGUAACAUUCAGCGGUUUAUUGAAUUGUUUGGAUGGCGUUGCUUCCACGGAAGCGAGAAUUUUGUUUAUGACAACCAACUAUUUGGAAAGACUAGAUCCCGCGUUAGUUAGACCGGGACGGGUAGACGUAAAGGAAUAUAUAGGCUGGUGUAGCGCUACACAAAUCGAACAGAUGUUUUUAAGAUUUUAUAAAAAUAAUGGAAGCAAAGCAAACGAAUUAGCUAAAGCAUUCGCAGAAAACGUACUAUCGCAGAAGAGAAACAUCAGUCCAGCACAAAUUCAAGGAAUCUUUAUGUUUUAUAAAAAUAAUCCAGAUGAUGUAUUAAGGAAUGCUUCACGUAUAUUGGAACUUACGUGAUGGGAAAGAUUACAGAGCAGAGAGUAACCAUGAUGGAAGUAGUAUUAUCAGGCUUUGGAUUUAGCAUGAAACUGGGAAUUAAACUGGACUAGAAAAAUACUUUUCAUAUGCGAAGGCGGAGAAAGAAAUGGCAGAAAUUACAGAUCUCACAAGGUUACAUGUUUGUAUUAACAGCGCUGUACUUGCGCUUACUCGUUUGAUCGUGGUUUUUCACAUUUAAAAUUUGUACAAUAUAAACUUAAUGAAAAUGUCAUAUAAAAUGUUUGGUUUCACAUUGUUCACUUUAAUUAUUACGUUACUAUUGACAUUGCGAUAUUUUAAGUGACGAUCCGAAGAUAAAAUACAUGAUAGCAAAAUAAACGUUGUAUAAUUUUUUUUAUUCUCGACAAUAUAUGUAUAUUCUUGACUGCAUUUAUUUAUUUAU